UGUUGCUUUACUUACACCACUGGAAGUAUAUUUUACAGAUCUAAGACAUUUCCCUGACGAACAGAAGAUGGAAACAAGGUUCUCAGAUGUAAGAACUGCAGCAUGCAGAAGAGACAUAGUGAGGGUCUCUGUGUCUCUGCAGCUCUUCAUUUUGAUGUAAAUGUGGGGCAACCUUGGAGGUUCGAACUGGGGGAGGGGGCCGAAUGAAAUGCAACUGGAGGCAUCUUUUGUGUGGCCUCCUGUAAAUCCCAAAUGUUCUCAAGAAAUGAAAACAAAAACAGCGUGAGCGCUUGGGCCGGCCAACUUCGGUCGCCCCAAGUGACGUACCAACUGCCCCAACAAAGAAAACCCCACUGAAGGCAUUCAGUCGGCUGUUUUCCAGAAUAUUCGUCCCUCCCCGUCCUGACCAGGCAUUUACAGUGUCAAAACCAUGAAGGGAGUCGCCCACCGGGAGUCCUGCAGCUGUAUGAGGCCGCCGUACAUGGUGGCAUGUGGCUGGGAUUAGGAAAUUUCACUGUGGAUUAAAAUCUUUCCAACGCCUCCAUGGCCACCAGCUAAAAGGAAAGGGAGUCCAAAGCUCUAGCGCAGAUCCAAGGAGAACGCCGGGCCCAAAGUCUCACUGAGCAGCUCCAGGAUGUUCCAGCUGCUUCCGGGUCACAUCCAGCCGCCUGGCCACCGAACCCGAAAAAGCCGUUUGGUCACCAAAGACGGACACUGCAACAUCGAGUUUGGCAACAUUGAGUACAGUAACCACUUCGCCUUCGUGGUGGACUUCUGGACCACCUUCGUGGAAAUCCGCUGGCGCUUCGUCCUCAUCCUGUUUGUAGCUGCCUUCACUGGCAGCUGGUUCAUGUUCAGCCUGUUGUGGUACUGGAUCGCAAAGAGCAACGGGGACCUGACGGCGCAGAACCAAACAGAGGAGCACGUCCGUUGUAUAGACAAUGUUAACGGCCUCACAACGGCGUUCCUGUACUCACUAGAGACACAAACCACCAUUGGUUAUGGUGGCAGGGCGCUGACUGGGCACUGUGCUGGCACGGUGGCUCUGAUUAUCAUCCAAUCUCUAGUUGGCGUCUUCAUCAACUGCUUUAUGUGUGGCAUCAUCCUGGCCAAGAUCUCCUUGCCCAAGAAAAGGGCAAAGACUGUCACCUUCAGCAACACAGCGGUCAUCUGUCUGAAGAAAGGAAGUCUGUGUCUCCUUAUUAGAGUGGCCAACCUUAGAAAGACCUUACUGAUUGGAAGCCAGAUUUAUGGGAAGCUGCUGAGGACGACCACCACUCCAGAUGGAGAGACCAUCAUCCUGGAUCAGGUGGAUGUUGACUUCAUGGUUGAUGCUGGCAAGGAUAACUUAUUCUUUGUUUGUCCGCUGACACUCUACCACGUCAUUAACAGAUCAAGUCCAUUCUACGAGCUGUCCGCUGACACUCUCCCCCUACAGGACUUUGAGUUGGUGGUGUUUUUAGACGGGACGGCAGAGUCUACCAGCUCAUCAUGCCAGGUACGAACCUCGUACGUCCCACAGGAGAUCCAGUGGGGCUACAGCUUCCUCCCCAUCAUCUCCCGCACUAAAACAGGAAAGUAUCGAGUGGAUUUCUCAAACUUUUCCAAAAGUGUCCGAGUUACCACGCCGCACUGCGUCCACUGCUUUGAGACGGACGUAGACCAGAGGACGCCCAACAAGGAGAACCACAUCAACCAGCUGAAGCUGGGCAUCGACAACCUGGGCUUCCAGGUGAUCGACAUUCCUGAGCCGGUGGAUGUCACAAAAAUGUGAAACAUACCUAUUCUAGCUGAAAGGUCAAAGCUACAAGGACCACUGAAGAUAAAAAUAAAAGGAAGAGAACAUUUCCACCAAUAAAACCCUGAAUUUUUGGAAUUAAUCCGAAAAAUGUUCUAAAAUAAAAAUGGACAUAUGUGUUUGAAAAGUCGAAAAAUUUCAAUUUGGACAUUUAGCCUCAAAAGUCUAAAGUUUUUGCCUUUUCAAAUUCAAACUUUUUUCAAGAAAAUAUCUGACAUUAAUCUCAAAAUUUCCAUGUAUUCUCUAGCAAAUAGUUGACUUUUCAAACUCAGAAAUUUCCUUGUUUUUUCUAGAAUAUUUCUGAGUUUUUUGGCAGAAAUCUACUCUUCCUUUUUCUAUCUGCAAUAGCCAUAAUAUGCCAUCGAAUAAAGUCAAGGAAUAAGUAUGUAGGUCGACUUUUAUGAAACCCACCUUCACUUUUACUCUGUUUCAAGUCUUUCAAGCACUACAGACUACAGAAAGGUUUGGCUGUGAAAGAGAACGGUGAAAACUGGCCCCUGACUGGAAUUAGACUGCUCAUCACAAUGAGACCUCACCUGGAGUUUUUAUGGGGAUAAAUAGCGGAAGACACAUUAAGGUUUUGAUACGGUGAACAUAAAAGAAAGAAAACAGUGAAUGGCACAGUGGGCAUUUCUUGAGAAGAUUAGAGUCUGAUCCUGUUCUAAUGAGAAACCGUGGGCUCUAAAGUCUGUUAUAGAGAAUGUAGCAGAGAACAAACUCGCUUCAAACACUAACCCUGUGGUGUUUCAGUCAUGUUGGCACGUCCUGUAUCUCAAGAUGACGAGGAAACAGCAAAAGUAGCUAUAAAUGUAAUAAUUUAGUUAUGGCCAGUCUAGAUGCACAAGGUUGUAAUAUCUCAGGGAACGUAAGAUCCUCACCUGGAAUAAAACGUUUUUUUCACUGUAA